UGUGGAUGUGUAAGGAGGAAUCACGCGAUGACUUGCAAGGGAUGUGAGAGUGUGUGAGUGAACGCGACGGUGACAAUGAUGUAGGACGUGUGACGCGGAGGCAGUUGCAAUUGACCAGCCGGAGUGUGCAGACGAAAAAACGAUCACAGUCUAUCUUAUCGAACACCACUUACCAUUAUUACAAUAAAGGAUUGAACUUUCAAACUGUACAAACAAAGUCCGCCUUUAUUACAUGGGGGCUCGUCCGGGAAGUGCGUGAUCUCGAUAUAGAUAAAGUGAAGCGAUCAAGCGACACGAGAAAGGAUUCAAGUGAAUAACGACGAACUAACGACGAAAUGGCGACGGUUGACGAAUUGUGCGAAAAUUUCACCAAAGUUGGGUUGACACGCGAGUGCGAAAAGCUUGGUUUGCCAGCCAUCGGUGGAAAACGAGAUAUCGCGAAAAAAAUCAUUAACCAUCGGAACAUGACGAAUUCUGGAGGUGAAAAUGGUGAAGACGAUCGCGAUCCACAGAAAGACGGCGUGUGUGAGAAAGACGACUCACACACAGAAGACGCUGAACGUGGAGUUGUCGGUAGUUGUGAGAAAGACGGCUCACACUCCGAUAACGAGGAACGUGCAGAAAGAGACGGCUUUAGCACCAACGGCGAGGACGACGAAGCGGACAACGACGACAGUGAAGACAAUGAAUCCGAUGAUAUGUUUCAGACGGCAAUUCGAACCAAUACUUCUACACCGUUAGCAAAUCGACUACGCGCAUCACGACGUACGAAGGUUUACUCUUUCCGCGAUAUGGAAGAGAGUAUUGAAUCCUUUGGUGCGGAGGAAGGAGAAGACGUACGGUUAUGGUUGAUGCAGCUCAAAGGCGUGUGCAAAGCUGCUCGAUGGGACGAUGAGCAACAAUUAAUAAUGUGCCGAAAGAAAUUAACUGGUACCGCGAAACGUUUUGUAUUUUCGCUUCGGAGCAGUUUCAGCAGUUUUAAGAAGUUAGAACAAGCGCUGAUUAGAGAAUUUGCACCACGCGUACGGGCAAGCGAUGUACAUCGUGCGUUGACGAACCGUAAGAAGAAGAACUCAGAGUCCAUCCGUGAUUAUAUUUACGAGAUGCAACGGCUAGCGCUCCCUAUCGAACUCGACGAACCUAGCCUCUGCGAAUACAUAGUAAACGGUAUUACGGACGAUGAGCAUCACCAAACGAUUUUAUACGAAGCGCAAAGCAUCGAACGGCUUAAGCGGAAACUACUGAAUUUCGAAAGAGUGAUGAAGGAUUCCAAGAACAAAAAGAAGCGCGACGAUUUUGGAAACAGAAAAGAGAAAGCACGUGAAAAGGAAAACAACACAAUGAGCAAGAAGCGUAGUUGUUUCAAUUGCGGUGAAACGUCACAUGUUUCCGCGGAUUGUCCACAGAAAGGUGCAGGACCUAAGUGUUUUUCGUGCAAUACGUUUGGGCAUCGAGCGCGCGAAUGCAAGAAAGGUGGCACGAGUAGCCAGAAGGAGAAACAAAAUGUGUUGAUUUGUGGACCAAGUGUAGAGCCAAACCAUAGUGAGCACCCUCCUUCAAGUGUAACUAAGUGGGAAGACGAAUUUACAUCGAAGAGGUCAUCUGAAAAGCAAGUGUGGCUGCAGAGAACGAUAAUUCAAGUGAAAGUAGAAUCGGUAAUUAUUGACGCUUUGUUUGAUACCGGCAGUCCAAUGAAUUUGAUGACGCAUUACACAUAUGAAAAAAUCGGAAAACCCUGCCUAAGUACCACUACAAUGAAGCUAAAAGGUUUUGGUGGCAACGAAAUUGCUGCUGAUGGUGUGUUCCAAGUAGAUAUGUGUAUCGACUGUCACCAAUACCGUGAUGUGCUUUUCUAUCUAGUACCGAAUAAAAGUAUGUCUUUUGCGGCUGUGCUCGGAACGGCGUCCCUUCAGCAUUUUGAUGUAAAGGUGACCACGAACGGUGUGCAAGUGUUAAAGCGAGAAGAAUGCGAAAUUAUGGACAUUAUGCUGUGCGAGAACGAAAUCGAUGUACCGAAACAAUAUGCAAGUGAAGUCAAAUCCCUAAUUUCUAACUACGUGCCGUGUGAAGAUGUAAAGAGUACCGUGGAAAUGAAAAUCCUUCUCGAAGACGAACACCCGGUGCAAACCAAUCCAAGGCGGUUUGCCCCGAAAGAAAAAGAAGUGCUAGAAAAAACAGUAAACGAGUGGUUGAACGCAGGCAUAAUUCGGGAAAGUAACAGUGAUUAUGCGAGUCCUGUAGAUGCUUUAAGUCGAGCUAUUAUGAUUGUAACGAAUGAUCCGGUGGUAGAGAUGAUAAUAACCGCGCAAAAGAAAGACGAAAGAAUUUCAGCCAUACGACAAUUAUUAACAACACAACCUUAUGAUGACUACUGUAUGAACGGCGAAGUUGUGAUGAAGCUGGUGAAAGGUAAGGAAGUUAUAGUCGUACCUGUAGAAUUACAAGGUGAAAUUAUAAGAAGAGCCCAUGAAAACGGACAUUUCGGAGUGCGUAAACUGGAAGAUAUGAUAAGUCGUGAUUAUUACAUACCGAAUCUCUCAGAGAAGAUAAAGAGGAAGAUCGAAUGUUGCGUAAAGUGUUUGAUUGCGGAACGUAAAAGAGGCAAGAUAGACGGAAUGCUAUAUCCAAUAGAAAAAGGAGAGGUGCCGUUUGACACCUAUCAUGUUGACCACGUAGGUCCGAUGGCGGUUACGGAUAAAAUGUAUAAAUAUAUUUUUGUUGUGGUGGAUGCGUUUACCAAGUACACGUGGAUAUAUCCGACGAAGACUACAGCUUCCAAUGAGGUUAUUCAGCGAUUGCGUAAUCAAAGCGAAAUGUUUGGAAAUCCACGAAGAAUAGUAAGCGAUAAAGGAUCUGCAUUUACGUCAAACAGUUUCAAACAAUAUUGCGAGGAAGAGAAUAUUGAACAUAUUGAAAUAGUUACUGGCGUGCCGCGUGGCAAUGGACAGGUCGAAAGAGCAAAUCAGGUGAUACUAGCAAUGUUGACCAAAUUAUGUGUAAACGAUUCACGAAAGUGGUACAAGCACGUUGGAGACGUACAAAAAUGGAUUAAUUUGAAUGUACAUCAGUCGACUAGGGUCACACCUUUCCAGGCGAUGUUUGGGGUGACAAUGCGGCAUAAAGAAGAUUUGCGUUUAUCGGAAUUGAUGGAAGAAAUACGUGUAGCACGAUUUCACGAGGAACGUAGUGCUUUAAGGGCUCAAGCUAGAUCAAGUAUCGAAAGAGCUCAGGCUACACAAAAACGAAAUUAUGAUCUACGUGCUAGAUCAUCAACAAAGUAUGAAGUAGGAGAUGUAGUUGUGGUACAAAGAAGCCAAUUCAAUCCAGGAAUGAAAACUGCACCACAGUUUUUAGGUCCUUACAAGGUUGUAGAAAAGAUGCCCAAUGAUCGAUAUAAAGUAGAGAAAAUUAGUGGCGAGGGCUCACAACAUACAACGACAGCUUCUAGCCAAAUGAAGAAGUAUAGAGUAGAAGUGACUAAAGAAUAACAUCCGAGGCGGAUGAAUUGUCAGGAGAGGCCGUGUGGAUGUGUAAGGAGGAAUCACGCGAUGACUUGCAAGGGAUGUGAGAGUGUGUGAGUGAACGCGACGGUGACAAUGAUGUAGGACGUGUGACGCGGAGGCAGUUGCAAUUGACCAGCCGGAGUGUGCAGACGAAAAAACGAUCACAGUCUAUCUUAUCGAACACCACUUACCAUUAUUACAAUAAAGGAUUGAACUUUCAAACUGUACAA